AUGAAUAAAUUCUUUAUUUUACGACGGACGCUUAACGAACAGAAUGAUAUGCAGACACGAAGCGUACAAGCUGCGUCUGGAAAUGGAUACAAGGAACAGAUGAUAGCGUUGUUUCUCAUUAUUUUCGACAUGGUUUCCGCAGGGCUGUUGAUGGCAAUCGUUUUCUACGACGUGUGGAGGCUACGAAGAAAAAGUGCAUCAAUUCGAAUACAUAAUAGAAGCCCACCAAAUUUUUUUCAAUGUAUUCAGCCUGGCGAGGUGGUGUCGCUGGCAUUUGCCACCGCAGUCCUUGCACAAGGCGUAUUAUUUCUCGUUGUUCAAUGCAUGGACCUACAAUCACCGGUUUCUCAAAAUUGCCGAGCAGUCAGUCAGAUCGUAUUCCCUGCAAUGUGGCUAGUAGGCCUCGUUGUCCUCGUCUUCGGAUUCGAAACGCUGUAUAGAGCCUUCCAAAGACGGAGAUUCGCGUCCCGAGGUAGAUGGAAUGUUUGUAUUUGCUGGACAUCCAUCUUGAUACUGCUCGUUUUGUUAUGGAUACCAACUAGGGUUCGAUCGUCUAUGACCGAUACCUGCCCGUCAGCAUUACUUUUCUUUGUUAUGCCUUGGGCCGAUAUCGCCUUUGGAAUUACAAUUGGGAUUGUGGUCUUGAGUGUUCUAAUUGCUCUUGCCCUUACAACGCAACUUCUCCGCACCCCAGUUGUGAACCGUGCAGAGAGACUUGCCGCAAGUCAAAUGGUUUAUUAUCUCGGAAUCACGGCAGUCAUCUUCGUGCUCAUUCUACCUCUGUGGGCAAGAAUUUCCUUCAAUAGCCCACCGGGGUUUACUUUCAUGAUGGCUUUGGUAUCGAUGAAUAUAAUAGGAAUGACCGUGUCCCUUUUCCAGCUUGUCUUCCGUUCGGAUGGAGAGGAAAUGUCGAUUCGACCUCCAAAAUCAUGGCAGUGCUGCAAGUCAUUCAGAUUGAGCACUUUUAACUUAAAUAACCACAUUUCAUCACGAGGAGUGGUGGACGAAGACUUGGUGUCGCACAUCUUGAAUAACCCUUUAGAAAUAAGUGAAUACGACCCGGUAUACGAUAAUGCCAGAAGCCCCGAAACACCGAACCUUAAGAAACCUGUGACACCAACACCAAUCAUAACUAGCUCCAGUGAUAACGCGCCAGCUCCCAGAAGGACCCGCUACUCUCCAUUUCCCACCAAAGUCAGUAUUAAUCAAUCACAAUAUCUUCGCCCGAGUCUCGAUGAAGAGCCACUUCCACUUCCCCCACGACUACCCACUUCAAUAUAUCGAGAUUCAUUCGACACAAACCAUACCACUGUCCAGAUUGGCCUUCGAUUGAGUAACAGGGUAUUAACUUCUGGAAUCCGCUCGUCAAAUUCAGGACCAGCAUUACCACUAAGUCCUCAGGAUAUCCCCCCAGAACCGCAUUACGGAAAAGCCAUUGGUCAUUUAUCUGCCACUUCACUGGAGGUCCCCGUUACACUUCGAUCGUCAGCUACCGAAAAUAUAAACCAGAACGGAUUCUCUUACCCAAUAAAGCCACUCAGACUGAAAAAAAACAUUUUGUCUCCACGAACAGCACAAUCUGAGCAACUAUCGCCGGUGAUGAAUUUCUCCAGACUUCCGUCGUCGGUCUAUCAAGAGCAAACCCCACCCAAGAAAUCGCUCAAUCUUGAUACCAACGGUGAAGAACUGCCGACCGGCAGUGGUAGUUCCAGCCCCUGGCCUCUUCGAGACUCGCAAACCAUUCUCUUGUCAAGCAAGGUUUACGAUCCCGAGAAGGACAAUUGGAUCUGA